ACUUCCUGUAUAAAGUACAGUCGGAAAGAAACAAGAGGAGGUUACUCUUGCAUAGUGUAUGACAAUUAAUUUUUCUCCGGAUACUUCAAUUUUACUUAGCGCUUCGCCGAACUUUGAUGCCGUUCAUAUUAUAAUAAAUAUAUAUUUUAGAAGCCGCUGCGUGAAUUUUUAUCCAGGCGCCAAAUGAGCGGAGCAGCAUUUCCCUCCCCAACAGUGGAGAUGGCAGAGAUGAACCGCAUCCAGUAUGAGCUGGAGUACACCGAGGGGAUCAGCCAGAAGAUGCGCAUCCCACAGAUGCUUAAAGUGGCUCCUCAACCCCACAAUGAGCCCUGCGCUGUAGUGCAGGAGGCUCACCCCAGUGUUGUCAUGCAAGUGCCUGAGAGAAUUAUUAUUGCAGGAGAUUCUGCUGAAACCCAGUUCUCCAGACCCAGAGACUUGGACCUUAUCCAAUCAACACCUCUUGCAACCUUGUCACUUAAAACGCCUCCAAGAGUCCUUACUCUCAACGAGCGGCCCCUAGACUUCUUGGAGGAGGAGCAGCGGGCAGCUCCAGACAGCGAGGAGAUGCGACCACAUGGGCGUUUGCGGCGGGAACGCUCGGCCAGUGAGAAUGCAGCUGUCCGUCAUAACCCAAUAGUUCACAAUGAUUCUGCUGCAGCUUCACAUCCCCCAGCCACUGUCCAGCCAUGCCCCCCUCUCACCGUGGCUGAAGAGCAAAUCUCAGGUGUUCUAUCUUUCAUCCAGUCCACAACACGUCGGGCCUACCGACAGGUCCUGGAGGUCUUGGAUGAGAACCCACGCAGCAAACCAUCUCUGCGAGGGGGGGCAGUGUUGAGCUCCAACCCCCUGCCCAAUUCCAGACUCACGUUCUCGACAUAUGAGCCUACUCUGGAAGGGACGGCAGACGACCUGACGGUAGUUGACGCAACAACACUCAGACGCCAGCUGAUCAAGUUGAAUCGGAGACUCCAGCACUUGGAAGAAGAGAACAAGGAGCGCGCAAAGCGAGAAAUGAUCAUGUACUCCAUCAGUGUAGCUUUUUGGCUGAUCAAUACGUGGGUGUGGUUGCGACGUUAAAGCUGGUGUGUAUUUCCGCCCCAGGCACGACAGUAGAACUUCCUGUUCAUUAUCCGCUGCAUCCAACAUUAGCUACUCGCUGCAACGUGUGAGAAGAUCCUGGAACGAGACCCGUUGCACUCAGGCUUGAUGUUUUGAUUUUGUUUAUUUAAAUGUACAGUUUUAUUUUUUUACUUCUAUUUCAUCCUGUUUUCUCUUGUUUAGCUUUUAUUCCAUUUUUUUUUUCAAUGCCACUCUAUAAGACUUGUAAAUGUUUGCUAAGGGCACUCAAGUCUGUUAGAAGAUGCACAAAUAAAUUAUUGCUGAGUCCAUCAAGAUGGAAAAGAAAGAUGUACAGCUUGAAGCUCUGCUGUGUAAUACACUGAAUUUUAAAAGGAGAAUAUUAUGCAACUUGUGUUGGGAAAUAUAUUA